UGGCAAAAAUUUAAAUUUGCCGACUGGAAUUCUUUCGGAUGAUUGACUUUCGGAUAAUCGACGCUCUACUGUAUUUAAAUUUGGGACAACUUGUGUUGUUCCAAAGAUUCAAAUGUGAAAAGUAUGCUCCUCAGUCAACUUUAUUCUCUAAUUUUUCUACAAUGUGUACAACAAUUAUAUUUAACUCAUCAUAAUAGAUAACAUACUGAUGAGUCAUUAAACCGAAUAGAUAUUAUUUUUACCGUGCUUAUACUAGGGUCAUUCUGAAUAUAUACCAAAAUUAAAAAAGUCAUCUUUCGAAAUAAUUUUAGCCAUAAUUAUGCAAACAAACGUGUUUAGAAUAACAGUGUUGGAAUAACUUGAAAAUUACUACCGUCAACUGUCAAACGGAACUCUGUCUUUGCUGCAUUUAUUAGCACAUGGGCUAAGAAAUAAAGGUGGUGUGUCGACUUAUUUUACAGGAUGUCACAAUACGAUUCCGUAUCUACAGUAUAAUGUAAUGGUUCAUUGCAUUAUGAGUGAACCACCUUAUUAAUUGUUUUAUACUUUUAAAAUUAUGCGAUUUUAACACCUGUUUACAAAAUUUUUAUUGUUGAAAUUAUGCAAAGAAUCGUCUCUUCGAAUUUUUCUUUUAUAUCCACAAUUAGACCACAUAUAUAAAUAUAAUGAAAACAAAUAGAAAUAACAUACUUUGUGUAAAUACUUUACUACAGUAUUUCCAUGUACGAAUAUGUUAUCCAUGUAGUCAUUAGCACGAUAAAUAAGCAAUUAUUAAUCUGUACACAUUAAUUUGUAUUACAUGUAAGAAUUCAAAGAAUGUAUUGAUAUUGUUAUUUUUUAAUAUUAGGCAUACGAAACAUCUGCAAUAACCAUCUGCUGGUCAUUAUACUUAUUAAGUCAACACGAAGACAUUCAAAGAAAAGUUCAGGAAGAGUUGGACGCCAUUUUUAAAAAUGACAUCGAACGAUUUAUUACAAAUGAAGAUUUACACGAAAUGAAGUAUUUGGAAUGUGUGAUAAAGGAGACUAUGAGGCUUUAUCCACCAGUUCCUGCGUUUUCUAGGAAAAUCAAAAAAUCUAUAAGAUUCGGAGAUAAAGAAUUUUCGAAAGACUGGAUAUUCGUUGUUUCUGUUUUCAAUCUUCAUCGAAAUCCAAAUGUCUUCGAAAAUCCAAAUAUUUUCGAUCCUGACAGAUUUUUUCCCGAGAAUUUUUCCAAACGCCCACCUUAUUCUUACAUCCCAUUUUCGGCAGGACCGAGGAUGUGUUUGGGGAAUCGCUCGGCCAUGAUUAAUAUUAAACUGAUUCUGGCAACUAUCUUAAGAAAGAUGAAAAUAGGAUACGUGAAAAAAACGACCCCACUCAAGUUCAGAAUUAGUCUAAAUCCUAGUCGAUCUCUCCAACUCGAAUUUAAACCGAGAAAACUGUAAAUUUCCCUACAUUUAAUACUGAUGUAAACGUUAUCAUCGAAUAUCAUCGUAUAAAAUAUUUUAAUAUUUGGCACAUGGUUCCAAAUGAGAAUAGUUUUGCUAUCUCUAAAGAGUUCUGUAAUAAAUCGCGACGCUACUGAUGAAUGAAAAUUCACUUGAAGCACGUGUACAGAUUGUUUUUGUUUUCGUCAAACUUUAAAAUAAAACGAACAUUUUUUAAAUUAUUUUUAUUCAAACUAUUUUGUUAAUUCAUUCUUAGUAAACUGUCUUCGAUAACCGUUUUCAAUGUUUAGCUCUUGGAUAAUUUGGAAACGAACCUUCUUCAGAAACAGUUUAAUCUCUUGUAAAAUUGUAACGAAGAAUGCAAAACAAACAAGCAAUUAUUUUAUUCUGGCACUGUCACAAUAUUAGGAUGCAAUUUUAUAUAAUAUAUCUCAUUUAUUU